AUGCAGUCGCUUGACUCUGCGGCACACCCCGUGCUGCCAAAGCUUGUCCCGCUCUCCGACUUCCACCCCAUCCGCAUCGCUUCACACACCAAGAUCACGCUCGUUGUCCAGUUUGCACUGGAUCAUCUGCGGCGGAAUGAGGAUGAACCGCUCGUCCUUCAUUGCCUUCCCCCCUCCACCUCCUCCUCCUCCGCCAACGCCGGCCGCGCAGGACCUCUCACCUCUACCCAACCCGACUCGAAUCCUUCACCAGCUCCCGACCCGACUCCCCCUGCGGCAAAAGGUAAAGGCAAGGGAAAGGCAACAGAGUCUCCCUCCUCGACAUCCGUCGCUGCCCUGCCGAAGCUCGUCUCGAUCGCCGAGAUCAUCAAGCGGGAGUGGUUGGACGUUGAGCUGAAGCAUGCCACGGGCGACUCAAUCCAGGAGGAUACGGCUGCACCGGCGAGGGAAGGCCUGCACCAGUACACGCUGUUGACGACGCUUGAAGCGAUUGAUUUGGCGUCGGAUACUAUUGCGACUGACGAAGUAGAUGGCGACGUGGAGGAGGAGGAGAUGAGGCGGCAACUGAUCGAGAUGGAGUGGUUGAGCGGCAGGGCUGGCAAGGAUCGAAGACCACGACGGAAGCAUUCGCCUUGCAUGCUCGUCAUCCUCUCGCGCGCGCCAACAGAAGCGCUGGCAUCUCGCUCCUCCUGGACCCAUCAGCCUCCAGCUCCGCCGGUACCCCGGACGACGAAGCGCCGUGCAACAAGCGAGAACGCUACUGCUCCAGAAGGAGGCACUGCAAAACGCAAGACGCGAAGAAGACGGCGUUAA